CCGUGCCCCGUUGCCAUGGUGAGGCGGCCGAACCGCCAUGGAGGAGGUGACCGGCAGCCGGUACCGAGGGGAUACUCUGCGCGGCAGGAUGGAGGGGCCGGGCUGCUACACGCUGCCGACGGGCACCCAGUACUGGGGCAUGCUGAAGGACGGGAUGUUCGACGGCGAAGGAGAGCUGCUCUUUCCCAACGGCGGCAGAUACCGGACGGUCUGGCACCGCGGGGUGCCCGAGAAGGGGGAAUACACUUUUGCAGAUGGUCUCAAAUACAAAGAUAAAAAAUGGCAUUACUGUGAUGGCUACGACAGAAGAUUUUACACAGAAAUCUGCUCUGGUCUUAAACCAGCAGGCAUUUCUCAGCUUACAAAUUUGGAUCCUCCCAGAAAAAUCCCAAAAGGAUGUUACGACUGUGGUGAUGGAUACUAUAAUCCUGAAACCAGGGUUGUUAUUGACUACAAGUUCAGGUUUCUGAGAAAUGCAGAUGAUGAAGAACAUGAGUGGAUCGUUGGGACCUGCCGGAAAGCUUGGGAUGAAAUAGUCAAACACAAACCCAAGCCAUAAAAACAGUUCUUGCCAGGCAAUAAUAUUCCAAAGCAGGUAAUCUGAUUCACAAUAAAUCUAAUUUGUCCUCCUGCAUUUGUCUCACCCUUUCCCUUGACAGGAAUAUAAUCUUUUUGUCAUCUUUGUCAGCACAAACAAAAUGGAAAUAAUCAUUUAAUCAGUCACGCUGAGAGAAAGCAGUGGAAGAAAAGCAGAUUGUACUCACAAUAAUCUUCCCGAGAGGUGUGCAGUGUGCUACACACACACGUUAUUAAGCCUGAAAACAAUUUGUUAAAAAGAGUGCCUCAGAUUCAGCGUUGAAGUCAUUCAAAUCCAUCUUAAUCAACAUUAUUUUCCCAGAUUUUAGUUAGCUGUCCUGGUGAAUUCCUUUCCUCUCUUUUUGCUCAGUACUUUGAUAUUGAUUGAUCAUUGUAAUAAUGUACACCAGAGGUAUUCUUUAAUGACUGGUUUGCUAACUAGGA